UGGAGGCGGAGGAGCUGAGCUGGAGCCAUGGCCAGUACAGUGGUAGCAGUUGGACUAACCAUUGCUGCUGCAGGAUUUGCAGGUCGUUAUGUUUUGCAAGCCAUGAAGCAUAUGGAGCCUCAAGUAAAACAAGUUUUUCAGAGUCUGCCAAAAUCUGCCUUUAGUGGUGGCUAUUACAGAGGUGGGUUUGAACCCAAAAUGACAAAAUGGGAAGCAGCACUAAUACUAGGUGUAAGCCCUACUGCCAAUAAAGGGAAAAUAAGAGAUGGUCAUCGACGAAUUAUGCUCUUAAAUCACCCAGACAAAGGAGGCUCUCCUUAUAUAGCAGCCAAAAUCAAUGAAGAUUUACUAGAAGGUCAAGCUAAAAAAUGA